AUGGCGCAGCUCGCGAAUCUGUCGACCGCCGACGCCCUCGCCGCCCGCUACGCCUUGCUGAAGGCGUACGAGAAGAACACGCUAUCGACGCGCACGCCGCUUGAGCAGACGGCGUUUGAGAUGUGCGACGAGACCGACAUCGAGACGGAGAAGAGUUUCUUCGGCAGGGGCCCGGCGCCCGGCAACGAGGCGGCCUUCUUCAAGUCGCUAGCGGAGCACGGGGGGAAGUAG